AUGAGUUUCUCAAAUAAGCUCGUGAUAACCGCAAAGAAGCCCACGAAGCGCACCAAGCAGAUCUGUGAGCACUUGCGUAGGAUGCUUGAACCAAAUGUCACCGCAAAGCUUAAAGACAAAAAUACUACUGUCAAAUCAUACAUCGAUAUUGCAGAUGCAUUUGAGUUGUCGCACUUCAUUCUUGUGGAUGCCAGAGACAUCAAGGUGGGCAUUAGACCAAACGGGCCAACAUACAUAUUCAAUGUUGUUGAGUACAAUCCAAAGUAUGUCAGAGUCGACCAUGAGCACUACAGGGACGAUCCUCUUAUAACAUUUUCAGGAAGCAGCCCGCUCAAGAGUCUGUUUUCAUCAUUGUCAUCCCAGCCAAGCACCUCCCGAAGAAACAUCCACUUCCACUUUGAUGACGACCUGAUACACAUCAGACACUAUGCAAUCCUUACAAAGGAUGAGGAUGAUAUUAAGGUUGGAUUCACAGAGAUUGGGCCAAGAAUCACCGUGCGGCACAUCAAGAAAUUAAACGGCUUCUUUAGAUAG